AUGAACAGAAAAUGGGAAGAAAGACUGAAGAAAGUGGAAGAACGAGCAUCUUACUAUGAAAGAAACCCUCUUCCUACAGUUUAUAGACCAAAACUGUCCAAACCCUUUCUGCCAUCCUCUGUUUGGAAAAUAUUUUGUCGUCAGGCUGAAGCUUUCAAUUAUGUAAAAACCUGCAAAGAGGAUGUUCAUGUGUUUGCCUUGGAAAAGAACACACAAAGUGGACAGAGGUUUUACCUUGUGACAACAUAUAAAGAGCUUUGGUUUUAUUACACGAAAGGUUAUAAAACAAGUCUUAUGCAUUGCUACGAAGUAAUUCCUGAAAAAGAUGCUUGCAAACUUUAUUUUGAUUUGGAAUUCUACAAACCAGCAAAUCCCGGUGCAGAUGGCCAGAGUAUGGUUGCGAAGUUAAUUGAGUUUGUCAGCCAAAAAUUAAAAGAAUUUUAUGAUGUAAAUUGUUCAGCCAAAGAUGUCUUGAAUUUAGAUUCCAGUACUGAUGAAAAAUUUAGUCGACACUUAAUAUUUCUACCCCAAAAGACUGUAUUUAAGGAUAAUAUUCAUGUUGGUAACUUUGUGAGAACCAUCUUGCAGCCUGCCAUAAGGUUAAUAGAGAGUAAAGCUGCUGCCAUGAUUCCCGAAGAAGGAGCAGAACAUGUUUUCCAUGCAGAAACAGUUGGGUUAGCUGGUUCUCUUACAAACCUCACAGCUGUCGAAGGGGCUUCCAGAGGCUGGCCAGCCAGCGGACACAAAACAAAGGAUAUGGAAACAUCAUACCAGGGAGAGAAUUUGGAUUUUUCUUUUUUAAUAGUAAAUGAUAAAGAAGGCAACAAACAACUUUUUGUGGAUCUAGGAGUUUAUACAAAGAAUAGAAAUUUCCGGAUGUAUAAAUCAUCAAAAGCAGGAAAAAAUGUGAUUCUGAAAAUAGCAGAGGAUAAUCAAUUCCUCCCUAACUGUGAAGAGAAUGUUUCCAUGGAAGAAGCAUAUUUUCUUUCUUCUCUGAUCUGCAACAUUAGAGUAGGGGCUGACACAAAAAUUCUGUCAUCUGGCUUUUCAGAGGAUGAGAGAAAAAUGUCUGCUCUUCUAAACAGUAAAACUACCAGAAGCAGUAGAGAUUCUCUGGAAGGUUAUCAGGCUUCGCCAUACCCAGAAAUUGAUUGCUUUGUUCGUUCUUUAGUUAAUAAAGAUGGGGUACAAGGAGGGAUACGGCGAUGGAAUUAUUUCUCUCUGGAACAAAUACUCGUCUAUGAUAUUUCUGGUUACCGUUGGUGUGAAAACAUUGGACGAGCUCACAGAAGUAACAAUAUAAUGAUUCUGGUAGAUUUAAAGAAAGAAGUCUGGUAUCAAAAGUGCCACGAUCCAGUCUGCAGAGAAAACAACUUCAAAUCACAAAGUUUUCCAUUGCCACCUAGGAUAUGUCUGCCUUUUCUUUUUAAAGAGGAAGAAGAGUAUCCACUGAUGGAUGAAAGGGGGAACACAGAAGAAAAAGUAAAACCACAUUCUAAUGCAUCAGACUUGUCAAAAAGCUCAGUAUCUCUACAAGAAAGCUUGUCUCAAGACUUCCUGUUGUCAGACAGUGACUGGGACAACGCAAACGAUGAUGCCUAUUUCCUAGAAGUUACUGAAGAUGUGGAAUUAGCUGAAGCUGCAAAUGAUAGUCUCAGUUAUGCCAUGGAAGAAAUUCCUGAUGAAGUUCUUUUGGAAGCUUUAACGAAGCAGGACCCAUGUAACAAAGGCAGCAGUUAA